UAAAGACUAGGAAGGUUUCUCACCAAAAUAAAAAUGAAAAAAAUAGAGACUCAGAAGGUUUGCAUAAUUUAUGCUAUCCCAUGUAUUUGAUGUAGAUAACCUCAUACUUUUAAUCUUCCUCCUCUCCAGAUUUGAACUUCUCUUUACUCUUUCAAACCAAACUCUAUUCUUCUUCUUCUUGGCCCCUAUACCCUUUCUCUGAUCCUCAAAAGGCAGCCAUUAACUUGCCCCUUCUCCUUAGCAGAUCCAAAAAAAGACCCAAAAAUUAGAUGAAAGCAUGGAGGAAGUUGAUGACUUUCAACCUCUUGUUUUGGAUAUUGGAUCUAGAAUGAUUAAGGCUGGAUUUGGAGGCGAUGAUGCUCCUAGAGCUCUCUUCUCAAGUGUUGUGGGAAGGCCAAGAACACAUACAGCUUCUACAGUAAUAAGAGAUGCGUAUGUGGGCGAUGAAGCUGAAUCCAGAAGAGGUAUUCUCACAUCCAAAUACCCAAUUGAACGUGGGAUUGUUACUGAUUGGGAUGACAUUGAAGCCUUAGUUCAUCACACCUGUUACAAUGAACUUCGCGUUGCUCCUGAUUAUCAUUCAGUUUUCCUCACUGGAGUUCCUUUCUACUCCAAAGGUCACAGAUUGAAGAUGACCCAGAUAAUGUUUGAGACCUUUGAUUUCCCCUAUGUGUUUGUUGAAAUCCCUGCAGUACUUGCUCUCUAUGCUAGUGGUCGUACUACAGGUAUUGUGCUGGAUUGUGGUGAUGGAGUUACCCACUCUGUUCCCAUCUAUGAAGGUUACCCAAUCCCAAAUUCAAUUCAAAGGAUUGAUCUUGGUGGGUCUGAUGUUACAGAUGCUCUAAUGAAAUUCAUGAUCAAGAAAGAAUCAUGUUUGAAUUCGAAAAUUCUAUUUGAUCAUGUGAAAGAGAAGCUUGCCUAUGUGGCUUUGGAUUAUGAGGUUGAGUUAGAAUCCACAAGGAGCAGCAGCAAUAGCAGUUCAUCAACUGAGAAGAGGUAUGAGCUACCCGACGGUCAAGGAAUUACGAUUGGGGAGGAUCGGUUUCGUUGCACAGAGGUACUCUUCCAACCCUCUUCAAUCAUGGGGAUGAGAGUUGCAGGGAUUCAUGAAACCAUUUAUAAUUCAAUCAUGAAGUGUCCUAUUGAUACAAGAAGAUAUUUUUAUGGUAACAUUGUAGUUACUGGUGGGUCAACCAUGUUACCAGGCUUUACUGAUCGUCUAAGAAAGGAGAUCUCAGGACUUGCCGCUAGUAGGAUGAAGAUGAAGGUGGUGGUGGCACCACCUGAGGGGAAAUACAGUGAUUGGAUUAGAGGGUCACUGUUGAGCUCAUUUAGUGGUUUCAUGAAGAUGUGGAUAUCAAAGGAAGAGUACUAUGAAACUGGGCCAUCUAUUGCUCAGUUGAAGUAUUUUAUCCUUCCCAGUGAGAUCAGAAUCAUUUUUAGAUGGAUCAUGUUUACUUGUGGUGAAACUGUUUAUGAGAAAUCGAAACCAAGCAUGGCUAACUACGAGGACAACCCACCUAUUAUCCUUGAUAGUGGAAGUGGAACAAUAAAGGCUGGAUUUGCAGGCGAAGAAGCUCCAAGAACAGUGUUCCCAACCUUUGUAGGUGGACUAAAAUAUGAUGGUCCCCUGUUUGAAAUAGAUCAGAGAAAGAAGAACUAUAUAGGAGAUGAUGCCAAGAUCAAUAGAGGUAUUUGCACAUUAAGAUACCCAAUUGAGAAUGGGAUUAUUACUAACUGGGAUGACAUAGAAAGUCUAUGGCAUCACACCUUUUACAAACAACUCUGUGUUGCUCCUGAAGAACAACCCAUUCUCCUUACUGAACCUCCUCUCAACCCAAUUGAGAACAGAGACAAUAUAGCACAUAUGAUGUUCGAAAUAUUCAAUGUUCCAUCUCUGUAUGUUGCAAUCCCAGGAGUUCUAUCUCUGUAUGCAAGUGGUCAUAGAACAGGUAUUGCAUUAGAUUGUGGAGAUACAGUUACCCACACUGUCCCAAUUGUUGAAGGUCAAGUCCUCUCACAUGCCAUUCUCAGGGAAGAUCUUGGCGGCCGAGACGUUACAGAAGCUAUAAUGAAGGAUUCUAAGAUCCCUCUUGAUAUCAAGGACAGCGCCGAGCGGGAAAUUGUUUGUGAUCUGAAGGAGAAGCUAUGUUAUGUAGUGAAUGACUAUGAAUUGGAGUUAAAACAAGCUUUACAAAACAGGGGAUUGAUUGAGAGGUGCUAUGAGUUACCUGAUGGUCAAGUUAUUACUGUUGCUGUGGAGAGAUUUCUUGGGCCUGAGGUGCUGUUUCAACCAUUGUUGAUUGGGAAAGAAAGUGAAGGGAUUCAUGAAAUGAUUUAUAAUUCUAUCUUGAGAUGUGAUGAAGAACACUGGAAGGAUUUGUAUAGUAAUAUUGUGAUUAGUGGUGGGUCUACAUUGUUUCCAGGAAUUGCUGAACGUUUGAACAAGGAGAUACUAGUGCUUGCUCCUAGUAAUAGGAAGAUUAAGGUGGAGGCGCCACCUGAGAGGAAAUAUAGUGUUUGGAUUGGAGGAUCAAUCUUGGCUUCUCUGCGUUCAUUCCAGCAGAAUUGGAUAUCAAAGGAAGAUUAUGAAGAAUCUGGACCAGACAUCCUACACAGAACCCACUUUCAGAUUCGGUGACUUGUUUUGAGAGCGGAUCAGGUUCCCAUAGGAGAAUCACAGGACUGAUCCACAUACAUGAAAUCCACACAAGGAAGAACUAGGUGGACCUGAUCCACACUCGUUUGUUGUUGCCUUUUUCAUGAGAGAGAGAGAGAGAGAGAGAGAGAGAUGUUCUUGCUUUUUUUUUUUCGUUUGUUGUUGUUGUUGUUGUUGUUUUUGUGUGCAUCUUCUCCUUAGAUAGGCAGGUGGCUAAGAGCAAACCUCU